GGAAUUGGUGAAGGAACAAAGAUGCUCACCACGAUGCUUGCAGGAUCAAAGAAAUACAGAGCUGUUGCAGAGUUAGGCAAAGCAACUGAUACGCUUGACGUCACAGGAAAUGUUGUUGAAGAGAAGAGUUAUGAUCACAUCACAAAAGAGGCUUUUGAGGAGAAGCUGAAGCAGUUUACGGGUGAAAUUAUGCAGGUUCCACCUCUAUAUUCAGCCCUGAAGAAGGAUGGCCAGCGCAUGUCUGUCCUGCUCAAGCAAGGUCAAGAGGUUGAGGCUAAACCUGCACGUCCAGUCACAGUGUACAGUCUCUCUUUACAGGACUUCAGCCCGCCAUAUUUCACCAUAGAUGUUGAGUGUGGAGGUGGGUUUUAUGUCAGAAGCUUGGUUGAUGAUCUUGCAAAAGCUCUGUCAUCCUGUGCUCACAUCAAGGAACUCACUCGGACCAAGCAGGGUCAGUUCACCCUGGAAGAGCACUCAUUGAAGGAGGAUCGUUGGACAUGGACAGAUAUCUCACAGGCUCUGCAGCCCUGCCCAAAGCCAGCGGGGCAACAAAAGAAUGCCAAGAAAGCUAAAUCAAAGUAUAAGCCCACCUCAUCUGAAUCUGAGGGUGACAAUGGUGAUCAAAACGAUUAAAGGUGAUGAAACAACCCAUCUGAUUCACAAAUUACAUUCUCGGUGAGAGAACUGUAGGAAAUUGUCUGGUCCACUCUGAUUUGAUCUGGCCUCUACUACCAUCCAUGUGUAUCCAUCUUCAUGGCCAAAUGAGGAUAAAACAGGUGGCAUCAUCAAAAUAGAUAAUAGAUUAUUAAUUAAUCUGAAUUCACUUAAAGAAAAAUUAAAAUAUACUUGAAAAUAGUUAUUUUGUUUGUUAAUAAAUGUCUAUGUCAUUUAAUUUCUUUUCCAGGUCAGGAAAUGUCCUAGUCUUUUACGUGUUGUUUUCAUGUUU